GUAAUGUCUGUAAACUUGUCUAUAUAAGCAGCUACAGUCAGUGUAUUAAACAAGCAAAACUACAAUCAUGAAGUUUGUGAUCAUCUUCGCAGUUUUGGCAGUGGCUUCGGCCAAAAGACUUUUUCAUCAGGAUCAGGUCUUAAGAAUUCAACCAAAUGGAUACGAGCUUAAAGUCAUAGAAAACUUGGCUGAAACAUUUCCAAACAUUGAUUUCUGGUCUGAACCAAGUCCAGUCCGUCCAGUAGACAUCCAUAUACCACUCGACCAACUAAGCGCAGUCAAAGUUUUUCUUGCAAGAAACAGAGUCGAUUACGAAAUCUUCAUUGAGGAUCUUCAGGUUGCCAUUGAUAAUCAAAAGUCGGAUCGUCCAGCUCAAAUGAGUUUGGCAACAUUUGAUUACAAUGUAUACCACACAAUGGACGAAAUCCGAGCAUGGAUGAACGACAUGGUAUCAACAUAUUCAUAUAUAUCUAAAGUCAACGUUGGUCAAUCUUAUCAAGGUAGUUCUAUCGACGCACUGAGGGUAAGUUAUACAUUAUGGUUGCCUUUAAUGCCCAGAUUUUUUAGGUACAAAUUAACAUCCUAAAAAAUCGUUCACAAGGAGCAUACGCGUGUAAACUUACAAGCGGGCACAGGCUGUGUUAAACAAAACACGCGUGUUACAACGA